UGCCUGCGGGGGGAGCCUGGGCCGCCCCUUGUCCGGCCACCCCCACUGCCCAGUCCCGCUCCCGGCCGCGGCGGCCGCAGCAGCCGCAGCAGCAGCGGCCCCAGGAUGGUGAGCGCCGCUGACCCCCAGCCCUGGCCCGUCGCCCCCGGCCCGCGCUCCCGCCCCGGUCCCUGGGCCGGACGCCCCCCGAGGCCGCGCACACUCACCUAGGACCCGGCCGGGAUGCCGAGCUCUUUCGAAGAUGCACUGGACACCAGAACACGCCCAGCCCCUCAACCAGUGGCCAGAGCAGCAUCUGGACAUCUCCUCCACUACUCCAUCGCCGGCCCACAAAUUGGAGAUGCCUCCAGGGGGUCGCCAGCGCUGCCACUACGCUUGGGCACACGACGACAUCUCCGCCCUCACUGCCUCCAAUCUCCUCAAGCGCUAUGCUGAAAAGUAUUCCGGAGUCCUGGACUCGCCCUACGAGCGCCCAGGCCUGGCCAGCUACAGUGACGCCGCUUUCCUCAACGGUGCCAAAGGGGACCCGGAGCCCUGGCCCGGUCCGGAGCCACCUUACCCCCUGGCCUCGCUCCACGAAGGCCUCCCGGGAGCCAAGCCGGCCGGUGGGAGUGGGUCCGCAGGCCUUGGAGGCUCCCCGGUGGUAGCAGGAAACCUGGCUGAGCCGCUGUACACCAGCAACGCCUGCGGGGGCCCGUCGGCGGCCACCGAGUACGCGACGGGCUACGGGGGCGGGUACCUGGCGCCCGGCUACUGCGCACAGACGAGCGCUGCGCUGGCCCCGCCGCCCCCGGCCGCGCUCCUGCAGCCUGCGCCGCCGCCCGGUUACGGGCCCUCGGCGCCGCUCUACAACUAUCCGGCCGCGGGCUACCCCGCGCAGCCCGGCUACGGAGCGCUCCCGCCUCCCGCCGCGCCCGCUGCGACCUACCUGCCGUCGGGUCUGGCGGCGCCCACGCCCCUGCCUGCCCCCGCGCCGCCCCGGCCCGCGCCCUACAGCUUCCCCGCUGCCGCCACAACCGCUGCCACCGAGGGCGUGUCGCUGAAGCGCAAGGCGGUGGACGAGGGCGCGGAGGCACGCUACCGCAAGUACGCUUACGAGCCCGCCAAGGCUCCCGCGGCCGACGGCGCCAACUACCCCGCCGCGGACGACGCCGAGUGUCGGGGCAACGGGUUCCGCGCGAAGCCUCCCGGGGCCACGGAGGAGGGGACGGGCAAGUACGGUGGCGGCGGGGGUGCUCUUAAGGUCCUGGGCUCCCCCGUCUACGGCCCGCAACUCGAGCCCUUUGACAAGUUCCCUCCCGAGCGGGUCCCCGCCACCCGCGGGGGAUUCACGGCGCCGUCGGGCGAGCCACCCAAGGGUGUGGAUCCAGGGACCUUGGAGCUGGUGACCAGCAAGCUGGUGGACUGCGGGCCCCCGGUGCAGUGGGCAGACGUGGCGGGCCAGGGCGCGCUCAAGGCGGCGCUGGAGGACGAGCUGCUGUGGCCCCUGCUGAGGUCUCCCGCCUGUCCCGGAAGCGCUCACCCGCCACGGACCGUGCUGCUCUUCGGGCCCCAUGGCUCAGGCAAAGCACUGCUGGCCCGUUGCCUCGCCACCCAGCUGGGCGCCACGCUGCUGCGCCUGCGCGGGGCCGGCCUGGCCGCUUCGGGUGCAGUCGAGGGCGCGCGCCUCCUGCAGGCGGCCUUCGCGGCUGCGCGCUGCCGCUCGCCCGCCGUGCUGCUCAUCAGCGAGCUGGACGCGCUGUUGCCGACGGCGCGGGACGACGGGGCGUCGCUGCGGGCCCCGCUGCUGGCCUGCCUGGACGGAGGCUGCAGCGCGCGAGCCGACGGCGUGCUGGUGGUGGGUACCACCUCGAGGCCCGCGGCCCUGGACGAGGCCACUCGCCGGCGCUUUGCGCUGCGCUUGUACGUGGCGCUGCCUGACGGUGCGGCGCGCGGGCAGAUCCUGCAGAGGGCGCUAGCUCAGCAGGGCUGUGUGCUGAGCGAGCGGGAGCUGGCCGCCCUGGUGCAGGGCACCCAGGGCUUCUCCGGAGGCGAGCUGGGGCAGCUGUGUCAGCAGGCAGCGGCUGAGGCGGGCCUUUCUGGACUGCAGAGGCCCCUUUGCUACAAAGAUGUGGAGGCUGCUCUGGCCAAGGUGGGCCCUCGGGCUUCCCCCAAGGAUCUGGACUCGCUAGUGGAGUGGGACAAAAUGUAUGGUUCUGGACACUGAGGGUGGUGUCGGGAAGGCCACCUCCGCCUGAGGCGAUGAUGUCCUUGAUUGGCCCAAGGAGUGAUGAAUGUGGUAUGGAAGAGAGGAGCGCUCUGCCGGUCGAUUUGUUUUUCAUGGGAAGGAAAACGCUUCUGCCAGGCAGAUCGAUGACAUGUGCACCGUGUA